AUGGCACGCCUGACCGAACUUCAUGAUGGAUCCGACAGCGAUGACGCGCGCACAGCAUCGUCUUCCUCCAAUGCUCAACGAGCGGGUCUGACGCAGGACGAACAGGAACAGAUCCUACACAAGUCCGGCAUCAUCGAAAAGCUCGGCCUGCCAAAGGACUUUGUCACGAUGGAUCAGGCGCAAGCUCAACUGGAUGCGCUCAAUCGUCGCACCGCAGGCGCACAAGGCAAGCAAGGCGAAGACGACGAUUCGGACGACGACUACGGUGUAGCAUCGGAUCACGAACUCGACGGAGACGAUACAGCCAAUCGACUGAUGCAGGAACAAGAUGCGACAGAGAUGAGCUCUCAGGUGGAGAGUAUCUUGGAUUUGGUAAUUUGGACCAUGCCGUUUGGAUUCAUGUUUACGCUGCUCGACGUGCUGGUAAGGCAACAGUACGGAGAGACGGUCGGGCUUGCCGAUGAAGCCAUCAGGUUGAUUCGAGCCCUUCCCGGUGAGUCACCUUUCCAGAAGAAUUGGUUUCGGUCAAGCGGCGAAGCUGACAUUUGUCAAUUUCAACAUAUGCAGUGCUAG